AUGGAAAGUGAAGAUCAAGUUGUUCAAGGAAAAUAUGGUGAGAAGAUCAGUCUAGAGAAGUGUGUCCUGGUGGAAAGUAACAAGCAAGGAUAUCAGAGGUGCUGCUGUAUUUACUACAACUUACUUUCAUGUGAAAUCAAAGCAAAACUGCCCGAUCCAGAAUCUGAUGGAAGCUGAGUAGGCCACUGAAUUGGAAUAAAAUUUGAAGAUCCUCAAUAUACGAAAUUUAUAAAAAAGAUAAAGUUUCUAAAGUUCUUUAGUGUAAAUAAGUUCAGAUUGAAUUUUGGCGAUAUGCGAAAUUAAGCAUAUUGUAAAUCUAAUAGACUACUCAUUCCCUAAUAAAACUAAUGAGAUAUAUGCUUCUUCCUCAACUGAAAAUAAGAUGAAUAGAGUCAUUUACUUCAACUCAUUGAUCAGAAUAAGUUCAAAAGUUACCCGAGAAGUGACUUUCAAUUGUUUCUGUUUUAGCUUUCCCCAACUGAAGAGGUUUGUGGCAGCUUACAUCCAUGUGAAAAAUCUGAACCUUUGGUAUUGCAAGCUAUCCAUUCCAACGGUUAUUGAUUUCUCAAAGGCUCUUCAAAAUUGUCAAAUUCAGGUAAUAAAUUUAUUAGGCACAGGAAGCUACUCUUGCAACAAUUGGAGAGAUAAUUUUGACGAGUUCAACAACAUGAUUCAAAGCUUUUCAACAUCUUCAGAUUUAAGGAAGAGUCUCAGGAGAGUGUACAUUCGGAAUUGCUUAAUAAGUCAAAAUGAAGCAGAGGAAAUCUUUGCUGAAAAUAAACUUGGAGGAGUAGAAAUAAUUGGUGGAUCUUAA